AUGGCGGAUGACGCAACCGCGGUAAUCAACGCGGAGAGGAUCUUGACCCUGGUGCUCGCCGAGCCGCGCAGUUCAGUUCUCGAAAGGUGAGUGGCGGUCGAUUCCAUUGUCCUGUCCUCAGACAACUCUUUUGUCACACCUCACGUCGGGUCGUGACCUUUUUUGGAAGGAGAAGAUCCACUUUUGAAUGGACGUCCUCUUCAUUUCUAUGAGGGAGUUUUAUGGUAUUUCAGUUCAUUGGUUCACUAGAAAGUCUGAGUUUUUUUUUAAAAAAUGGUUCAUUUGUAACUUCCAAAGAGGUUUUUAUAGUACUUCUAUUCGUUGGAGAUGAUUGCCUAAAUUUAAAAAAAAAUUAAACUUUUUUAAAUGGAUAAAAAAUGAGGGAUUUCUGAAGACUAAAAGUUCUGAAUUUUUUUUUUUUUGAAAAAUCUGUCGUUUAUACUUAAAAAUGAUAGCUUUCGGGGGUCUUUGGUUGUGAUUAACUGCAAAAAAUGAAAAAUCAAAUUUUCCGAUCAGGAAUGGGGGAAUAUUCCUUGAAGUUUGAUUCACUGUUUCUCGAAAACUUCAAAAAUCUGUUUUUGUGAAUUUUGCAUUAUUACACGUGUUAAAAAAAAUGUUUAUUUCUCGUAAAUGUCCUCUCAAAAAAACAGAAACUCCCUAUUUUUAUUGAAUUUACGGUUUCAAUCACGGAUUUUUUUUGUCGUAGAUGUGAUAAGUGGUUGUUUUUCACAAAAUAAAAAAAUUUUCAAAAUUUUUAAAAAAGUCAGCUUGAACAUGAAAUAAUUGGUCUGAGCCCUCUUUGAAAAAAAAUUUUUUUUCUUCAAAUCAAGAGAGCUUCGUCUUCAAAAAGAACCAUGAAGUUGGUUUUAAUUUGUUCUCCUUCCUCUCAUUUUUUUACAAUAUAUAUCAACAGUUUUCGAAAAAUAUGAAGAUAUUUACAACCAGCUUGACUCAUCCAAAAUGUUCAUCAAACAACCUUUUUUCUGCACUUUAAUCAAUGACUAACACUCCUCCUUAUUUCACCUCCCAAAACGACAAACAAAAACUGAUUUUGUUGAAGAAGACCCCUUGGAGCUUCAUCGUGUCUCUGUUCGACGGCUCGAGUGGAAACGAACAAUUUUUGGCGAGGAGCCUUGAUAAGAACUCCGAUAAGAACCGCCAGUCAGAACGUACGAACGCUGUUCUUCCAUCAACAAGGACUACCGUACGAAAAAUCGAUGGGCGGUUCGACGGAAAAUCAUGUUAUUGGCUGGGUUUUGGAGUAAUGAAGCUGGAAAUAGCUCUGAAAGGCUUGAAAGGUGUUUAAAAGAGCAGGGGUGGAGUUUAAUGGGUCUCGUACCGAAAAGUUGUUUUUUGUGUUGAUUGGAGUCUGGUCCGAUUUCUGUGUUUUGGAACAACUGGUGGAACUAUUUUUAAUGUACUAAAGGGGAUAUAUUGUUCAAAUCUGGGCGGGGUUUAAAGGCGCAGAUGGAUCUUUGAAGUAGUCGUUUUAAGGCGCAACUUUUUUAAGUUUUCCCGCGUUUCUGAAAAAAAAACAUAACGAAAAAUGCAUUGAAAAAAACAUGCAGAAUUUAUGGAAAGUCUGUAUUUAUUUUUCCCGAACUGGAAAGUUUCUUUUCGCUCAAAACGCCCAACUACAGGCCGCUUCCAACUUGGUCAAGCUGUACAAACGUUCCAGGAUCUACAACUCCGCAGUCGGCUCCAAAAAAGGGAAGAAGCUUUUACAAUGUGCCGCUGACCUGCACUGUCUGAUGAAUUGUUAAACAGGCCGACGUUCCUUCGCAUAUUAAUUGGGAAGGGCCCGCCGUAAACAAAACAAUGCGGCGGUGGCGGCGCUUAAUUAAACAUGCUGGCCUUUUGGCCUCCCAUCGCCGACCGGAUAUCAUAAUUGAUGGGUGUCCGGACAAGCAGCUGAGCGGCUGCACAUCGGCGGCCUUUUUUGAGGCCAGCAAAUGAUUAUUCAUGAUGUGGGUACAUGGGCAAGUGCGGGUGGCCGACCGGAAAAAGGUCGUCUGCGGGACAGUUACCGCAAUUUUUGGGUUCUCGUGGUUUUCAUGGGUUUUUAGAGAGCUUGUACUAGAGACUCGCUGAAAAUAAAGCUACCAAGGCUUCAAGAACGCUUCAAAGCUUCCUAAAAUAGUCGUACCCAAUUUGAAAAAAAUGGAUCGCUGUCAACAAUGACUACACUCUUACCCAAAUUUUUGGGCUCUUGUAAAUUCCAUCAUUUUGAAGAGAGCUUGAACUUCAAGCUGGCUAAAAACAAAGAACUGGAGCUCCUCAAGAAAUUAAUUUUUAAGACCGAACUGUAGCAGAAUGGCUCUCAACAAUGACUACACUGUUACCGCAAAAUCUCAAGUUCCUGUAAAAUUCCAACAGUUUGAAGGGAGCUUGAACUUGAAACUUAUCAAAAAAUCAGUAUUUGGAUCCUGAGGACCUUUUUUUGAAGACGAACUCUAAGAAAAUGGCUGUCAACAAUGGUUUUAUUCUGUACAGUUACUCUACUUUUUGGGCUUUUUUAAUAUUUUUUGGAAGCUUAUACUUAAAGCUCAUCAAAAAGUAGCAGUUAUGCUCGUGAAUGUUGAAUUUAGAAUUAAAAAAACUGUAAAAAAAGUUGUAAAUUCGAAGCUGAAACUUUUCAUGUUCAAAUUUUUUGAAUCCAGAAUGCUUGUUCUCAAAAAUUCUCCGAGAUCUUCAGGUUGAAAAAAAAUUCUGAGAAUGAUCUGAUGUCAAAAAAAAAAUAAUACCAAUUUUUUUUUCUUCCUAAUUCUUACCUGAACUUUCAGAAAAAUUGAUGAGAGAAAUAAGGAAUAUGAAGACAACGAAUCCGACAAUAGUUGAGUAAAUUACUUCUUGUUUAUAAGAAUAAAUACUGAAACAGGGAUUAUGAAUAGUGUAUGUUAAAAAAAAGCCUUUUCAGUCAAUCAAAAAAUUUUUUCUUUUGAGCUUCAAAACAGAGAAAUUAAACAUUUUUUCUCCAAUUUUUCUAGUGAUCACAUUUAUAUCGUUAUCUGAACCAAACAAAAGAAAAAUGGUUCUUUGUGAACCUGAGAACAAUGAAAAAUGACGUUCUGCUCAAAAUUAUCCACGUUCAGACAAAGCCGCAUUGUUCCUGGCAACAAAGCGAACUGAUAACCGAAAAAAAGAAAGGUCCGGUUUGGCUCGAGUCCAGGCCGACGCAAUCAGAGCGAAUCCUCCGCGUUUUUUGUCAAAAGGACCCCGCGAAUUCGAAUCGUACCUUUCUUCUGCGAGAGAAGACGAGUUUCUCAUGAGUCGGCCUGCCCGACGGAAUUAGCCGCGGCUGCCGUCAAUGCCGCGGCUCUUUCCAUACAAAAAGCAGGCGUUUGA